AACCCCCUCGGUCCUACUCGCUUUCGGUCGCGGUUCUCUCCGCGCUUCGCGCGUGUUUUUUCUCGUCCGCGCGGGUCGCUUUGAUGCCGGCCAACAGGCGUGAAAUGGGGAAUCCUUUCGCUCCUUUUUGAUGUGAUUCUCUCCGAACGGUUCCGCGCAGUGAUAUUAAGUUUCAAGAAUGUUCAAGUGGUACUUUUUGGACAUUAAAGUCAAGAAAUUCUAAAUGUGACGGAUCAAUCAGAUCAUAUUGUUGCUAAACGAAUGAACCAGACAUAGGUAGUUUACAAAUUCAUUAACUAUAAAGGUCUGGUCUCACAUCUGACAUUUAAAAAGUUCCGGCACUCAUGUAACAACGAGCAAGUUUGAUCGGUUAAUUAAUUGGGAUUCAGUGGCGUUACAGUUUCGAACAGCAAUGAUGAGAGAAGUGUGGAAACGACAGCCAUGAGAGCAUGAAGAAGAUAUGUUGCGGAGCCUCCAAUGCAGGGCGACCGGAGCGCUAUCGGUGGCGAUGACCCGAACUACCCCUCGACAUCAAUCUAGUUGUCGCCGACGUCGCCAGAGAGCGUGCCCUACACACUGCGACCAACCACUCGCUGAACCAGUGAAACGGAGGAAACUCGCCAGGAGAGGAUGCGGGAGUCGGGGUUGAUCCUCACCGACGAGGACGACUGGCCACUCUUCGUCUGGAACCGGUCCGAAAACGGCUCCCUCUACGAGUGGACGUUCGACACCAACGCUACUCGCAACGCCAGCGACCUCUGGUGGGGCGUGGACCAAGACAAAGCCGCGCUUGCCGGCCUUCUCCUACUUUUCUCUAUGGUCACCAUCUUCGGCAACCUCCUAGUCGUCGCCGCCGUGGCCAGAGAGCGCUACCUCCACACGGCGACCAACUACUUCGUGACGUCCCUCGCCAUCGCCGACUGCCUCGUCGGGCUCGUCGUCAUGCCCUUCUCGGCCAUGUACGAGGUCCUCGAGCACAACUGGGUGCUCGGCCUCACCUGGUGCGACAUCUGGCGGUCGCUCGACGUGCUCUUCUCGACCGCUUCGAUCCUCAACCUGUGCGUCAUCUCGCUGGACCGGUAUUGGGCCAUCACCGACCCCUUCACGUACCCGACCCGGAUGUCGAGGAACCGGGCUUGCUUCCUCAUCGCCGGGGUUUGGAUCUGUUCCGGGACGAUCUCGUUCCCGGCCAUCGUGUGGUGGCGCGCCGUGCGCAUGGAUAAGAUCCCGGACAACAAGUGCCCGUUCACCGAUAGCCUAGGAUACCUGAUAUUCUCAUCGACGAUUUCGUUUUAUUUACCGUUGGUUGUAAUGGUGUUUACGUAUUAUAAAAUCUACCGUGCGGCGGUUGCGCAGACGAGGUCGUUGAAGUUGGGCACGAAGCAAGUGAUGUCGGCGGGGGAGAUGGCGUUGACCUUGAGGAUCCACCGCGGUGGGGACGCGAGGCACAUCUGCGCGGCGCUCAACCAGGCCGAGGACGGGGAUCUGGAGCCGGGCGGUGGUGCUAACGGCCUCUCGCGGCAGCCGAGCGCGGCUUCGAGGACGCUCCACCGCGGGCAGAUGGGCAAGAACUUCUCGCUGUCGCGGAAGCUCUCCAAGUUCGCCAAGGAGAAGAAGGCGGCCAAGACGCUGGGUAUCGUCAUGGGUGUCUUCAUCAUCUGCUGGCUCCCGUUCUUCAUCGUCAAUUUGCUCUCGGGUUUCUGCUCGCAGUGUAUCUGGGAGGAGGAGCUCGUGUCCAGUAUCGUCACGUGGCUGGGCUGGCUCAACUCCGGCAUGAACCCGGUCAUCUACGCCUGCUGGAGUCGUGAUUUUCGCAGAGCUUUUGCACGGAUCCUUUGCGUGUGCUGUCCUAGAAAAUUCCGUCGAAGACAUAGGCCACCUAUCCGCUGUAGACCAAGUCAGUACAUGGGUGCAUCUGUCGUGUUAGCACCAACCACAGUCACCUACGCCACAGUGAGUCAACACGAGUACUUUAACAUGUGACGACUGGACGAAUUCAAUUUUUAGGCGCCACUUCAUGAAAUUUCGAAGACAGGUUCCCUGUCUGCGAAUCUCACCGGCCACCAUUGAUGAAGCUCAAACUUUUUAAAACAUUUCGGAAAAACAGGGGUACGAUCCACUGCAGCAGGAUGUACUUAUAAUUUGUUGUAUUUAUCAGUGAUAUUCAUUUUUUCCAUCUUCCAUGUAAUAUCCGACCAAAUUGUCCUUUGGAAAAAGGGCGCGUUAACUUUAUUUUAUUGUUUUAUUUUUUUUAGUAGAAACGUCCUGAUAACAAAGAAAGCUCCAGAUCUAUACAAACAGGUGUUAAUGGCACCAAUUAUUUCUUUACGUGUGCUUAGGUAAUAUUUUUUUUUAUUUUUAUUUUUUUCAUUAUCGAUUCGUCCGUCAUUUUUAAUUAUCAAAACACAGUAGUGAGGCGUGAACUGAAAAUUUUGAAAGGAGAGGUAUCAAAAUAAAGGAAAUAGAAGUGGAAUGUCGUGGAGAAAAGGGUAGCAAAACAAUGUUGUCAGCUGUUCUUACCUGUGCCCUUGUAAUUUUGACUGGAAGCCAAUUUUUCCAAAGGUCAAUUUAGUGAUUGCUGACCCUUAAUCGAAUUUGCUGAAAAAUGUGACUCAAACAGAAGCUCGUGAUGUUUUUUUUCUCUCUCUCUCUCCUUAUUCUUCAAUUCCUCACUUUUUUAUUUUAUUUUUAAGCAUACCAACUCACACUUGCUAAAAAUUGACCCAAACGCUUAAGGUAGAGGGUUGUAAACGGAGUUAAUAUCUGAUCUGAUCGAGAAUAUUUUAUACUUUUGAACUUUUUAAGUUAAUGAAAAAGAAGAGGAGGAAGAAUAAUUAACAAUGAUGAAAGUUGAACUAUCAUUAAUUUUGGCGUAAUUUUUAUGUAAUAGCAUGUGACACGGCCUUUUAUAUUUUAAUUUUUUUAAGUCUCUACUGUUAAAUUUUUAUACUUUAAAAUUUUGGAGUUAUCAUCCCUUAGGUGUUCUAUUUCCUAUUAAAAAUUAAAUCAGCCGCUUUACAUCGCACCAUCUUCUUUAUGAUUUAAAGAAAAUUUGGAAUUGGAGAGGAGCAUUUAUGCCGAAAAGCCAGUCAUGAUAUGGAUCCGUUCAGUGUUCACGUCUGCAAAGACCCCAAAAUCUCCGAGUCUUCGUUUUUCCUGUCAAUAACAACUUCCAGGGAUCAUGAAAUUUUGGAUUUUGAGUCUUUUAAAAAAAAAUGAGUUCGUGUACCUGUACCUCGUGAUCCACUAUGACGUUUAGAAUUUCAUUAUUUGUUGUCUUUUUUUUCUAAAGAACAUGAAAGUUAGGUACAUGAAUGCUCACUCCCAUUAAUCCGAUUCCAAAUUCGAAAGAGUUAUAAGAAUCUGAUGUUAACUUCCUGCUUUUAUAAUUGUUAAAAAAAGUGAAUAUAAUUCGAAUCUUCUCCAGAAGAAAGGCAAGGCUAGCCGCUCUUUAUAAUUGUUCCGGUUUGUAAACCCGGAAAAUAUCAAGCACUCUGUGAUUUUUUUCGUUCAAGGCAUGAGUUUAGAACGGUGGGCUUAAAAAAACAAUAAAAUUAAGAGAUCAUAUUUGCUCCCACAUCUCGCGAAAAUGUUGCAAAGUUUUCAUUGAAUCUAUGGUAUUAUGGUAUUUUUACGUCAGGAAAAUUUUGAAAUGCUAUCAUUUUGAAAACUACAUUGACUGUAGGGUACUUAAAUUUUACGACAAGUAUGAUUUUUUGGCACCGGACUAAACUCAUUACCAUGUAGACUCAUCAGCUUUAGAGGCGGAUCCAGCCAUUUGGCAGCACCGAAUUUCCUCCCUUUAAAACUAUGUUAAACAAUCGAUUCUCGUCGGAGCACCUGGCCCCUCCGGCAAUCGAUACAUUUUCGGAGGUUUAAAUGGAGAAAAACCAGUGUUGCCAAUUUUCUGGAUCCGCCAAUACUCAGCUUGAAAUCGCUGUGCGUUGAACAUCUUCAACGUAUUACUAAUUGUAUUAAUGUUAAACCUAUUUUAAUAUCUCCUUUGUAUCGUUGUUUUGUUUGAUAAAAUUUCUUUUUUCUAAAUAAAAGUAUUUAAAUUCAAGCUC